AUGUCUUCCGAAUCCCACCGCAAUCCAAAUAACCUUCCAACCAACGAAACAUCAGGAAUCCAAAACAACAAGAAGAUCCUCCUUUUCUCACUAUUGACUAUAAUCAUUGCGACUUUGAUCGCUCUCUUCUGCACAGAUACCGCCAACGUGUCUGCAUUCCGUCGGUUAUUCGGGUCUUCAACUCGUUCGGCUGUAGGUCCUUUGUCUGCGUCGGCUUCAGCAUCCAUUGGCGCUAGUGCAGCUGUGAAAGCGAAGAUAUCGCAGAACGAGUCAUACAAGAUGAAGACUCCGAUUUACUUCUUGAGUCAUGGUGGGCCGAACGUCAUGUACGACGUGGAUCAUCCUGCGUAUCGCAAACUAAGCCAGAUCGGUCGUGAGAUUACGACCAAGGUCAAGCCUCGUGCGGUUGUUGUUUUCUCGGCCCAUUGGCAGGGUGGAAGGGAUACUAUCUAUGUGAAUACGGCGGAAAUGACGGAUUUGAUUUAUGACUUCUAUGGUUUCCCGGACCAUUACUACAAAGAGAAGUAUCCGAAUGUGGGAAGCAAGGAAGUCGCUCACAAAGUACUCGACUUGCUCAAGGAGGCGGGUAUUGAUGCAAAGGGUGUGAAGCGGGGACUUGAUCAUGGUGUUUGGACGAGCUUUAAAUGCGCUUUUGAGCCUGAUGAGAAUCCUCUCAAUGUCCCUAUCGUUCAGGUCUCUCUCUUUGACACCGAAGAUCCCAAUCAACACUACCGCCUUGGACAGGCAGUUUCUCGCCUGCGGGAGGAAAACAUCUUGAUUAUUGUCUCGGGGAUGGCGGUGCACAAUCUCCGCGAUAUGUAUUUUGCUUUCGGAAAGAAACAGCCGCUACCUUAUGCGGUUAGCUUCGAUGAGGCGCUGAAGGAGGCUGCUACGGCGAAGCCCGAGGAGCGCGAGGCUGCUAUGGCGGCGUUGCUGAAGAGACCGGACGCCAGACAAGCACAUCCGUCUUUCGAACAUUUAUUGCCUAUUCACAUUGGUGCUGGAGCGGCAGGAGAUGAUCUUGGCAAACGAACUUGGAAGUUCCCCGAAGGAAGUAUGAGCUGGUCGCAGUAUCGCUUUGGAGAGUUGGAAAAUGCUAGUUCUUCGUUAUAG